GUUGAUUCAAACAUGGCGCUUGACAGGGGAAUGCCAAGUCGACCACGGAGUCUUUUAUCUAGGCAAAAUUUAGUUUAGUGUGGACGGUAAAGCAAUUUUGAGYUAUUCUCUGUUUAUCCCAGAUUAUUUCUUGUUGAUAAUGGACAGUGAUACAGACUUGGACGAAGUGCCUCUAAUGAGAGAAAAGGCUUUGCAUCUUGCCGCAGAGGUUGCUGAAACUGAUGACAAUAACGUUCCAGUUUUGUUACUCGGUUUGAAAGAUAUCUUAGAAAGCUGUCCAGAGAACAGUGAAAUAGGAAAUAUMAUUAGAAAAGAUCUCUGGUCAUAUGACAUUGUACAUGUGUCCAACCUUGCACUGAAACAAGACUUUACAGCAAUACGUGGUCAGUGGGGUACAGCAGCAAGUUUGAGUGUUAUACUGUGYCGAUGUUGUGUUGGUYUAGARAUACCAGACGACCCUAAAUAUGAAAGUACAUUUUUACCAGAUAUAGUAGAAAGUGUACUUAAUAUUGCUACUAAGCUCCUUGACAACCAUGCRAAUUCUUCUUUGGGUGAAGAGAAACAAUAUUUUCUUGGUGGAUUCAAAGACUCAAUCAGUGGUUUGGAGAUGCUGUAUAAAUAUCAUCAGUUUUUGUCACAAAGAGUCCUUCAGUCUAAGCGCUUCCUGCAYAUAUUGAUGUCAGAAGAUGUAGAAGUUUCACGUUUUUUCAUGUCGGUUGUAGAGUCAAUGUGGAAAUCAAAUAGGAUGGUACUUGAUCAGUUAUCUCAAGAAAAYCUUCAUAGCAUAUUAGAUGAAAUUGUCUUCAAGAUCUCAGCUUCAGAGGAAACUACUAUUGGAAGGGGAGCUACUCGUCUUAUCCUGACUGCAACUGACAGACACCCAAAAGUGGUGUCAAUACUCUUAUCUAAGAGAUAUAAGGGUCUCAAGGCAUACCUUAGCAAAUGGAAUAACAGAGGAUUUGAUGGUGAUGUUAGGAGACUGGURUCUCUUCUUGAAGCAGGAACUGCUGCGGUUGCUGCACAGAUGAAACUUACCCGAUCAGCAACAAUCAUUCAAGCUUACUUCAGAGGAUUCAAAAUUAGAAAACAACUAAAACAAGCAGACAGGGGUAUMACAAUACUUCAGAGGAAAUUCCGUCAGAGGCGGYUGGAAAGAGAACAAAAGAGGGAAAAACGAACAGARCAACAAGAGAAAUUGCUUGUAGCUGAGCAAAAGAAACUUCAAGGAUUUCGGUCAACAUUAAGRAAAAAGYUACACAUGCUAGAGACUGUUCCAGCACGAGAGGUCAACAAGUUCAUGGUUGAACACCAAGAWCAAGCUGCAAGCAAAAUCCAGGCUGUAUUUAGAGGAAUGAAGACAAGGAAGGARAUGGAAUCAGUCAAGAAAGAAUACCAAAGAACCAAAGCAGCUAGAACUAUACAAAGACAGUAUCGCAGAUACAGAAAGAUUAAAGAACAGUCUACUCCCUACCCUAUCCCCCCAGGACUAACRGAUGCAAGACGAGUUGAGCUUCAAAAUAUAAUUGUUGACCAUAGGGAAAGAUUUCCAGCAAAGCACAGAUCAGCAGAUGAAUUAAAAGAGUUACAUGAAAAGGCUCACAGUUUACUGGCCAACCAUCUUGCUAUGCGCAUCAAAACAAGAAAGAACGAGCAAAAGAGAGACGCUUUGUUAGCWAGACUUAAGAUGGAUACCGACCUAUUGUUAGAGUCAUCAAGUUUGCAGGAUGCAAAUGCAGAGACUUGUAAAACGUUUCAAUCAAACUCAGCGCCUGUUAUUGCAAAAGCUCAACUAUCACACAAUGAAGAAMUGCGCAAGCAUAAAUUGUCCUGGUGGAAGAAAUUAUGGGAUGGUGAAUCUCAUGACAGUCUGCACGUUGAACUAAAUGAGCCAGAGGAAUUGAAUUUUUGAGUAUUGUUUUCCUGCUACAGAUAAACAUUUCUAAUUUUAUAGAUGAGUGUACAUAGUGUAUUUAUUAAUAUUUGUACAUGAUGUAAAAUACAAAAUAUGUACUUGUAUAAUUUUAAAAAGGGUCACAAAAUAAUUUAUUUGUAAUUUAUUUGUCCAUUCACAUUAUUACCACCACCCAAUCCCUCCUCCAUGCAAAAAGCAGUCUGUAAACAAAGUUUGUAUAGUGAAAAGUAUAAAUUUAUUGAAUUGCAUUUUUAKUAAAACAAUAAUUAUUUUUAGAAA